UUUGCUACCCCCUCUUCAGGGUGGACAAAUGCAGAGGACUUUGCUCGAGUCCGGGACAGCGAACGGUUUCUGUCGGUUUGCCAUAAGCUGAAGCCGCCCAUCGGUGAUCAAUCAGCUGUCGCUCAAUGCUUUUCUGUGGACCGCGUUUGUGAGAGACAUUAUUUUUAAAACCGUUGGCACAUCCUUGGCAAGUCGAAAAAAGUGGAACGCACUGGAAGUGUGUUCGCCCGCAAAAGCAACGAUGACGCAAUUGGCCGGUGAUGCAGCUGGGCUAGUACGACUCCUCCAACACACAUACAUAACACAGCGGAAACGGUGCGAACCAACACGGGGAACCGGCGUACACGGACAACACCGGUGGAGCGAAAGCGCGAGACGGGGACAGUUCCACGCUCAUAAAGGCACAUUACAUUGUUCGCGCAACCGCGAUUCGCGCAAAUACGGUUGAGCCGUGCAAGUAUCAUCUCAGCCACAGUUUCAGUCAUAGUUGAGCAUUGCCCGGGUGUAGUAGUACACGACGUUCAGCAGGUUCAGGAGUUAAGAACGAAGCAUUUUGAGAGCAUUUUCAUUUUUUCUAAAGCAAUAGCGUACGUGCUUUUCACAUUCGAGGUAAAACGCAAUCGUCUCUAGUUCAAGGGCGCAGCCAAACAAACGCGUUACAUAUCCACGCGAUACGCGAAGGGUUGUGUAGUGAGUGUGUGUGUCAGAAUAUUGUUGUUUUCGGUAAAGGGCUGAGUAGGCAAAUGGCGCAGCAAGUGCAGCAAGUUUUCAAGGUUGCCCUGGCCAAAACGGCUGGCCAGCGGGCGAUGUCGACCGGUGUCAUCGGUACGUUGGAUGCGUCGACCGGUUCUUCCGUUACAAAGAAAUGCGCCGCAACGCAAUCGUCCGGGCUGCACAUGUCGGUCCAGCGCAGCUACCCGCUGGCGGCCACCCUUCCGCUGCCACCGAACAUUGACGCAUCGGAGACGCGACGCUUUUCGCCGUUACGAUCGCGCGACAUUAAUGCUUCGGCCCUGCUGACGCACCAAUCGCUUGCACCGAUCGAUCUGGCCGGCGGUGGCGUGACCGACGCCGGCAUGAUCGAUGUGACGGUGGACGCGAGCGCGGCCGGGCCGGUAGAUCCGCACGUCCAGUCGUACGAUUGUACCGGCGCCGUCAGCCUAAACUCGAGCAUGCAGAGCAAUGUGCCGAGCCCGUUCGGUGGUAUGCACAAGUUUACGCACCUGAACAUGCCGGGCGGUGCGUGGGCCCAGGAAAGCAAGUUCCUGUCGCACGAGCUCAACUCCUCGCACUACACCAACCUGCGGCAGGAGGUGCGUUCCGACUGGGGCAGCUACGAGGACCGACCGAUCAAGCCGGAAGGUAGGCAGCUGCUGGUGGGUUUGUCAGGUUGUUGGCCACCGUCGCAGGGCGUUAGGGCGUUGUCAGGUAGUUCGUUAGGUCGGCGUGCCUUCUCACUCAGCUCAACACACUUAUUGGCCUUUAGCUCCCCGGCGCUUCAUAAUAAAGCACCGCAAGCUAACACUGGCGCUGCUGCUGCUGCCGGGGAACCAAAUUCGAUAGGUAACAGCGCGUCGGGUGAGGAACAGGUCCCCGUCUCGCGCAAAGAUCGGCUCAAGAAAGCUAUCAAGGAGUACGGCUCUACCGUGCUCGUGUUCCAUGUCAGCAUUAGUCUCGCUUCUUUGGGUACCUGCUACCUGCUGGUAUCGAGCGGAAUAGAUAUGGUCUCGCUGCUGGAACGUAUGGGCUGGGGCGAUUCUGCGCUCGCCAGCAAGGCUGGUGCCGGUGCCGGCACAUUCGUCAUCGCUUACGCUAUCCAUAAGGUGUUUGCUCCGGUUAGAAUUAGUAUCACCCUCGGCGCAACGCCCCUCAUCGUACGGUAUCUUCGCCGGAAGGGAAUCCUGAAGCCUCCGGCGCCAUCCGCAUCGUCAUCCUCUGGAUCAGCAGCGGAGAAAUCCUAGAACAAGAAACAUUACUGUGCGCUGUGCGUGACGAGCGUUAGGCAGGGGAGUGCUUUUGGAUUGGUUUAGGGUAUAUAUUUUUGUAUUUGAAAACAUUUAUCCUACUGUUACACAGUCAGCAAUAAAGUUACAUACUAGGCGUAGUA